GACAUUACGACGCCCCAACAAGCUACUGCGAAUCGAACCCAACGGUCAGAUAGCUCUACUCGAUGAGGGUGACCAUCCAGGCUUCCUGUCCGAUGUCGCUCGCUCACUUUCCCAUGGACACGCAACGCUGCCCGCUGGGAUUCGGUAGCUUUGCCUAUGCCGAAGAGGACGUGCUAUACGAGUGGAAGAUGCCUAAGAGUGGAGUCGGCGGUCCCGUGUCGCGCUCCAAGGACAUGCAGAUGUCACAGUUCGACCUCACGCAUUUCGGUUACUAUAAAGCCAAUCAGCCUCUCACUACUGGCUUGAGUAGGGAAGAAUUCGAAUUUCUUACCUGCUGCUAUGACAACGACGUCGGCCUCACGGCGGGCGUGGCGACGACAAGACGGUUGUUUACACCAGGGGGCGUGGGCGGCUGGCUUCCUGUGACGUCACCGAUGACGCUCCACUGUGCACGCAGCGUGCAGCUGGGAAGUUCCCGACGCGAGCGCUCGCGGCGAGCCGAAUAUGGUUACUACUAA